AUGCACCUCUCCACCCUCCUCACCUCCCUCGUGACCCUCGGCCUACCUCUAGUCACCCUCACUUCCGCCGCCGCUCUCGACACCACUACUUCUGUUUCCACAUCCAGAAUAUCCAGCACCUAUUCCGCAUCCGUGUCUACAUCCACAUCCAAGUCCACCACCACGUCCGCACCCGACUCUACCAGCCCCCAAACCAUCGAAGAAUACAUCAAAGACAAACUAGCCGACCAAUCCGCGACGAACAAUAACUCUACCACGACAAACGAUAUCACAUCCAUCAAGCACGUCCAAGGGAUGACUAUCGAAGUCCCCACGUGCUGUUGGAAUGGGUGUCGGACUUGUUCGUCGAAGAUCUGUGGAAAGGGCGCGAAUGGGUGUAAUGAGUGGCCUUACUACUCGUGCUGCGCGACCAUCAUCAUUUGGGAUAUCGGAAGGGAUGUGAUGCUGGAUGCGUUUACUACUGCGGGACAGACGGUUGAGUUUGAGUAUGAUUGA